AAUUUCUAUAUACUAAGACAUCCAAACAUAUUAUCAAAUGUAGUUUUUGAACAAAACUUUUGGUACUCUAUCUGUAGAGUGAUGAACGAAAAUAUGUCUAUCGAGCAGCUCUCAUCUAAGUAUCCUCAAAUUCCGUUUAUUUCAGAUACGUGGAUAGAACUUGCCGGUAUUGAAGGUGUUGACUUGAUAGUCAAAAGAAAUGAUCUGACCAAUUAUGGUCAAAUGUUGUCCAAAAACUUUCAAACUUUUAUAGCAAACUAUUUCAUAUACAUGGUUCGUGCAAAAUUUCCCGAGGUGAAGAUAUCCAUUAUAAAACAUAUAGUAUUCGAACACAUCUUAGAUGCGGUGCUUUCUCAUAAGGUACAGCCAGCUAUGGAUGGUAACAUUGCUUUUUCAUUAAGUGAAGAAGCCCAGGGCAACAUCCGUGCCCUCUCAAAACCAUUGAUUUUAGAAAUCAGAAACCGAUUACCUUCGUUUCCGAUGACAAAAGAAACUCUCAAUAAAGCACUUUUUGGUAUAAUACCAGCAUUAAGGCAUAUUCUGGUUAAAUACGAAGCCUUAAUUGAGGAAAACCCACAAACACAGCCUGGCUUACUAGAACAAUCAGAGCAGACAAAUCCACCUAAUAGAAAAAGACCAAAAAAGAAGAAGGUUAAGAAGAAUAAAAUGACGAGCAAAGACAAUGAAAAGAAGUUCGUUCCACCCAGGCUCUUUAGUUUGUUUUCAAAACCAAGUCUUCAUUGGCGUUUUAUAAACAUCGAUAGCCGAAAUUUAGACAUAAGGUGUUUGUCUUCAGCCGAAUACUAUGACAUGAAUGGAAAUGUAUAUCGACAAAAAAUGGAAAAAGAGAGCAAGAGAAGAUCCAAUGUAGAGACUGUUGAAAAACAAAUUCCUUCAUCGAAAACCAUGUCCAUAGAUCAUUAUAAAAUGUACAUGACUCAUAUGCUACAGCAUAUGGAAGUUCUGUUCGAUUUUUACAGCUUUGAAACUGCCAGAAUUAACUGGCUCAAUUAUGUCGGUUCUCAGCGCGCAGUUGAAAAUACUGUCAACAUUCUUAUUAACGGCUCAAAAAAUGCAACAAAAAAAGAAGAGGAAAGACGAAAAGAAAUAAGAGAAAAAGAAGACAUAUUCAUGAAUACUUUAUAUUCUUGUUACUCAUAA